CGCACGCACGGCAUCAGUGUAUUCAAGACACACGUUGAGACGAGUCGUUCAUCUACUACUCACACACAAUCUUACACACGAGCCGACUUGACCGUUUUGAAAAAUAAUCCAAAAAUUGUCUUUGAACUCUGUUGUUUUCAUUUUUUUACCGCGUCCGUCCGCGUCCGAUCGUCCACAGUGAUGCGCUGUUAAAACAGACGGAUUAACGCAAAAAGAGACUUCAACGUUGUCCUUGUAGCGCUGCCGCGACAAUCAUGCGAAACAAAGCAGACAUGUUUGCGGCAUUACUGUAUUUAUUGGCGUUCGCCACGACGACCUUUAGCCAAACCCAAGCCAACGGCUUUUAUACAAUUGUGGCCCCCAAAGUAUUGAGACCUAAUUCGGAAUACCAUGCAGCCGUCACCGUACAAGGCACAACGUCGUUGACUUCCGUGGUCGUCGACGUCAGUGGAAAGCCUGACAGUGGAGGCAAUUUUAAAGUCACACAGUUCGUCAAAGUCGAACCGUUCACCACCAGGAUUGUUAGACUCGAGAUCAGUGACGUUGGACCGGGUAAUUACAAUUUGACAGCCCGCGGCUCUGGCGGCUUGGAAUUCGUCAACAGCACCGCGUUGGAAUACAUACACAAGAGCUACUCUGUGUUCAUCCAGACAGAUAAAGCCAUCUACAAACCGGGUCACAAGGUGCAGUUCCGAGCAAUCGUCCUCAAUUCUCACUUGAAACCAACAGUAACCGGAGCUUUAGACGUUUUCAUUACGGACGGUAAAGGCAACCGAGUGAAACACUGGAGCAGAGCGCUUACUACCCGUGGAGUAUUUUCGUCCGAAUUCCAAUUGUCCGAAGAGCCAGUGCUGGGUGACUGGAACAUAACAGUUACCGUUCUGGAUCAAAUAUUCCACAAGUCAUUCACAGUGGCAGAAUAUGUACUACCCAAAUUCGAAGUAACCAUCGACGUGCCCGAACACUCGACAUUUAAACAGUCCAUUGUGUCGGCUACCAUUCACGCAAAGUACACUUAUGGUAAGGCCGUCAAAGGCGAAGCCACGGUGUCCGUGUACCCAACAAUCUUCAGUGAAGUCAUUCAGCCCAUAUACGAAAACCCGCUGCGAAAGGUCGUGCCCAUCGAUGGCAAGGCGGUCGUGCAGUUCGAUGUCGUCAAAGACUUAAACUUAAACGAUGAGUAUGAGCGAGGAGUUCGGUUUGAGGUUACCGUGGAAGAGGCACUCACUGGCAGAUCACAAAACACUUCGGCCAAUGUGUUGCUGCACAAGCACAGGUACCGGAUGGAGCUGAUUAAAGCCUCAGAGUACUUCAAACCCGGUUUGAAAUUUACAGCCUACAUAAGGUUGAGCCACCAUGAUGGCACCCCGGUGUACGACGAUAGGAACCCAAUCAAAGUUCGUCACGGACUCUCCUACAACAGUGCCGAGUACGCCGAAGAAAGCUACUACUUGCAGAGAAACGGAAUGAUUACACUCAACUACUACCCGCCAAUUAACGCUACAACUCUUGGCAUCGAGGCCGAAUACUUGGAUCUCAAGGAAUGGUUCUCUACCGUGAGUGCAUCCAACUCGCCUAGUCUAACGUUCGUGCAAGCCACGGUCUUGACGGAACGACCGACGGUCAACAAGGAUGUGGAAAUACUGGUCAACUCGACGGAACCCCUUCACUACGUCAAUUACCAGGUACUUGGAAGAGGUGAUGUGAUCGUCGCCAGCACCGUUCAAGUACCCACAGCAGGUCAACGCACUGUCGUCCUACGGUUCUUGGCCACUUACGCCAUGGCUCCUACCGCCCAUGUAAUUGUGCAGUUUGUAAAAGACAACGGUGAAGUAGUCGCCGACGCCAUAGACAUUGAACUCGAUGGAGUCUUGCAGAACUUUAUCAACGUGGACGUGAGCCGCGAUGAAGCCGAACCAGACACUCCCGUGGACAUCAACUUUGAAGCUAAGCCCAACUCUUACAUCGGUAUCACCGGAAUAGACCAAAGUGUACUGUUACUGAAAUCUGGCAACGAUAUAACGCAUAACAACGUAUUGGACGAAUUGAGGACGUAUGACAACAGCGAAAGCGCUAAAUACUUGCCUUACAUAAAAAAUUGGGACGACAGACGUUCCAUGGUGUGGUGGCCCGGUUCGUUUACCGCCCAAGAAGCUUUUGACAAAUCCGGAGCAACUAUCUUGACCAACGGAUACGUCCAUGAUUACGCACCUUGGAGGCUGACCGCCGGCAAGAGUUUACUGGCUCAGCCGCGGCCGACGAACCGGCCGAUCCCUCCGCCGGGUCAACCGGUGGUGAAACCCGACAUUGGUCCGGCUGUAGUCGUCAGGCCCGGCUUCCGGCCCCCUUUGGCCGGCCCGUAUGCGUUUUCUCGCAUACCCGCACCCGUCUGGAACAAACCGCGCGUCCACUUAAGGCACCGUCUCCAAGACACCUGGCUAUUCACUAAUCUAUCCACAUGGCAAGAUGGACGUGCAUCCAUAAAAUCCACUGUACCUGAUACCAUCACCUCUUGGGUGAUUAUGGCUUUCUCAGUCGAUUCCCUUUAUGGUCUUGGUCUUCUCAACGCACCGAAAAAACUUAGAGUGUUCAGACCGUUCUUCAUAUCUGUCGACUUGCCGUACUCGGUAAGAAGAGGUGAAGUGGUCGCCAUCCCAGUGGUUGUCUUCAAUUAUCUCAGCAAGGACGUAUCAGCCGAUGUAACAUUGGAAAACGUUGGUCAAUUCUAUUUUGCCGAUUAUUCCAACGAAAUCAAAGAUUCCAAAUUGGAACUAUACCAACGCAAAACUUUGAGUAUCAAAGCAGGCACGGGUGCUCCGACUUCGUUUUUGAUCAAAGCGAAGGACUUGGGAUACAUUAGUAUCAAGCUGACUGCCACAAGCAAACUGGCCGGGGACGCUAUCGACAAGAAACUAUUGGUCAAGCCCGAGGGAGAAACUAUCUACAAAAACAAAGCGUUCUUUGUAGACCUCAGAAAAGACACAACGUUUGAGAAAAAUAUUACUUUGGACAUUCCCGCUAAUAUCGUCCCUGAAUCGGAGUAUAUUGAGAUCGGAGCUGUUGGUGAUAUAUUGGGACCUAGCACAAUGAACUUGGCGUCUCUCAUCAAAAUGCCGUUCGGUUGUGGAGAACAAAACAUGUUGAACUUCGUGCCCAAUAUCGUCAUCUUGGACUACCUCAAAAGCACCAGACAACUUACUGAAGCAAUAGAAUCAAAAUCCCUCAGGUAUAUGGAAACCGGAUACCAGCAGGAAUUAACGUACCGCAGGUCUGACGGUUCAUUUAGUGCUUUCGGAUCGUCUGACGCCAGUGGCAGCACAUGGUUGACUGCAUACGUUGUCAAGUCAUUCAGACAGGCUAUGCCGUACAUACCCAUCGAAGAGAAGGUCAUCAUGGACGGGUUACAAUGGUUAGCCAACAACCAAGCAGGCAACGGCAGUUUUCCCGAGGUGGGCAAAGUCAGCCACAGCGCCAUGCAAGGAGGUGCGGCCAAAGGACUGGCACUAACGGCCUACACACUCAUCGCUUUUCUGGAGAAUCAACGUGCGACGCCUUUGUUCCGCAAUACUAUAAACAAGGCAAUCGAUUACCUGGUUAGGAACUUGCCGGGAAUUGAAGACCCAUACGCACUGGCAAUUACCUCGUACGCUCUUCACUUGGCCCAGCACCCUGAUAAAAGCAUAGCUUUCAACUUGUUCGAACUCAAAGCUAACACAGUCGACGAAAAGAAAUGGUGGAGACGCAUGGAACGUCCGUCUGAUCAAAAGAACCCGUGGGUAUCCGAGCCCAAUUCGAUAGACGUCGAGAUGACCGCUUAUGGGUUAUUAACUUACUUGCAGAGAGGACUAGUCGAAGAUGCUCUUCCCAUCCUACACUGGUUGAUAACGCAACAGAAUGACCAAGGAGGAUUCGCUUCCAGCCAAGACACUGUCAUUACGUUGUACGCGCUUUCUCAGAUGGCCGAAAAAAUGUCACCCGGAUCAUUAAAAUUGACGGCCACGUUCCAUUACAUGAAGAACGAACAGACAGAGCUCAAAGUAACCAAAGACAACGCGAUGACGUUGCAACAGAUAGAGCUUCCCAAACGAACCCGCAUGGUUAACAUAACGGCUACGGGCACAGGUUUCGCUAUUGUCAAAGUGUCUUACAAGUACAACGUGAACGUGACCGGAGCUUGGCCUUUGUUCUCAUUGGACCCACAAGUUGACAAGAACUCGGACACCAACCACCUGCAGUUGUCUAUCUGUUCUGGAUACCGAGGCGGUAACGACAGCAACAUGGCCGUGAUGGAAGUAACGCUGCCUUCUGGUUACACUGUUGACAACGACGCUUUGCCAAGUUUGAUGUUGUCCAACAACGUGAAGCGCAUCGAAACUAAAUACGGUGAUACCAUGGUGAUGCUCUACUUCGACAAGAUGAUGGCCAAAGAAUACUGUCCGACAAUUUCGGCGUUCAGAACCCACAAGGUGGCCAAACAAAAGCCGGUACCUGUCACCGUUUACGAUUACUACGAUCAAUCGAGGCGUGCCCGUGUCUUCUAUGAACCACGAGUGGCCACUCCGUGUGACAUAUGCGAGGACUCUGACUGCAGCAAAGUGUGCGACACCGAUGCCGGAUCUAGAUCCAAAGACAACAACUCAUCUGCCGGCAGCAACCCAACAGCGUCUUGCGGCCAACUCACCUUGGCCUUCAUCACGAUUUUACUCAUCCGAAACUUUUAAUUGUCUUCGCGCUUCUCUUUUUUAUUAUUAUUUAAUUAAAUUUAUAUGGCUAAAAACAUAUAAAACAUGUACGUACUGUAUUUUACAGAUAAGCGCUAUCAUCGGUAUACCAAUCAACUAACAAAUUUAUUAUUAUCCUAUUAUUUCAUUUUAAAUAUCACAAUAUGUAGUUCAACACUGUUUUUCGCCACGUGUGUAAUGUAUAUAUCACUAAGAUUCAUUUAGGCUUAUAUUUAAAUGUUUUAUUUUUUAAUUUUAAAAUUAACUUAUUGAAUUAUUGUUUUUCUGAAAACGAGCAAAAAUAUUGAUUUUAUUUAGAGUGUUAAGAAAAAAUUACAUUUUUAAUUAUAAUUUUUACCACGCUAUGAUAUAACUCAUAAAUUAAUGUAUUUGAAUAGCUUAUUUAAUAUAUAUCUACAUUUUAAUGUAAUAAAAUACUUAUAAAAACAACGUUUGAAACGAUAUAAUUUUAAGUUCUUUUUUUAAAUUUAUAAUUUUAUUAUGUAGCGUUUUUUUUUAUUGAUUCUUUUUUUAUAUUAUUCAAAAACAACAUCUAUCCUCCAUAUAACAUACCAAUACGCGCAUCUUCAGAUUAAAUAAAGUAAUAUGUAGUAUUUUUUCAUAUAACAAAGACUGAAGUACAAAGUUAUUGUAAAUACCAUCAAAAGUUAGCACCAUAUUUUAUUAAAUACUCGUGUAGCAAACGCUUACUAUAUUAUUAUAUAGCACUAUAAUUUUUGUUGUUUGUAAAUAUAAAUAAACUGAAGUGGUACUUAUAUUA